AUGGAACUCAAAACCGUCCUCGUCGAUAAUCCCCAAGGCCUGAAUCUGAUCCUCGGCCACUCUCAUUUCAUCAAGACGGUGGAAGACCUUCAUGAAGCUAUAUUCAAUGCUGUCCCGGGCGCCAAAUUCGGCCUCGCCUUCUGCGAAGCGUCGGACGUCUGUUUAAUCCGCUAUUCAGGAACCGACCCGGAGCUCGUCGCCUUGGCCCAGAAAAACGCCAUGUCCAUCGGGGCCGGCCAUAGCUUCAUCAUCUUCCUACGCGAUAUGUAUCCUCUCAACAUCCUCGGCGCCAUCCGCGCCGUUCCUGAAGUUUGCCGCAUCUACUGCGCGACGGCUAAUCCCGUGGAGGUCAUUGUGGCACAGACACAGCAGGGACGGGGAAUCCUGGGCGUUGUGGAUGGCUUCAGUCCCAAAGGCAUCGAAGGAGACGCGGACAUUGCGAAGCGCAAGGCCUUUCUGCGGACAGUGGGAUAUAAAGCGUAG